UGUAAAAGAAAAAAAUUGUUACAAAUGAUCGUUCAAGUUCAAGAAAUGUGGAACAUGGACGUGCCGGUUAAAGUAAUUUAAUUGGACACAUGAUUAGUGCUAAGUUUCGAAUAUAAAAUCUUAAUUAUAGUAAAACAUUUAUUCUCCAAGUUUUCGUUGUUUGGAUUGAUUUUACCUUUUGUAUAUACUUGUUGCGUAUUCGCGAGUAUAGACUAAUCCCGGUGCAAGAAACUUAUGGCUGAUCUGGUGGUGGGCGGUAUUACCACUGUGGUUUGUGUUUGAUAGUAGUCAGGAUGAGAAAGCUGCAACCAAGCGAAACCGUAUAAAACCAUCGUCUUCUAACCACUCUCUUCAGUUCAAACUGAUCGACUUCACUGAUCAACAUCGCAAUGAGUAAUCCGAGGUACGCAGUAGCCUUUGUAAUAUUCAUGGCAUACACAGUGACUGCUUAUCCACGGUACCUGGCGAUUCCUAUUGAUGAAGUUAAUAUCAUCGAACUGAGUCCAAUCCUACCAGCAUCCCCAAGGAUUGCACGACAGGCAGAUGAAUACAUAGUACCCGUUACCGUAUCAAAAUCGAAUCACGAGGAGAACGAGAAUCUUGUACCACGCCCUGAAAGAUCAACAACACGCAUUUUGGAUUACAUUGAUUUUGGUGGACACACUGGUGUCAAUGGAGCAUUUGGAUGGUACGCGGAUUACCCAGCGCACAAUUAACGUCUCUUGAAUCCUAUCUUUAUUUUUUAUAUUAUUUUUAUACCUAUAGUUCUUUGUGAGUUCGUGGUACAAUUUUGUCUAAUAAAUUCACAGAGAUCCCAUGGGAUAAACACUCGUUGGGAUGUGUCAUGCCUUCUAUCAAGUAGAUAUAGGAGAAAUCAUUCUGCGGAAAUGAAAUAAUUCUUGAAAUAAUUGCUCAAUACAAUCGUACGCGAUAUUGUAAUAUAUAAAUAAAGAGAAAAGAUCUAAGGUGAA